CACCAGUCACUGCACCCCAAAUGAACUACAUAACCCAGAAUGCCAAGCAUCGUCUAGAGGCGCGCACACCGAGCCAUGACUCAUAUGGUUGCGCGCACGGCGACCAGCGCCACAGGUCUCAGCAGAGGGACAGCGAGAGAGCCGGUGUUUGGGUUGUCUGUAGCCUGCCUUUAAUUUCACGCCUGCAGGGAGGCUUUGAGAUGUCAGACCUGGCGGAUGGCCGCGUGGAAGCCCAGCCCCUGAAGGAGAGGGUCGCCAAGGCCCCCCGUGGGAAGAGCCAGGCCGCAGGCACCAAAGCACGGAGGCUCGCUCGCCUGUCCCGCUGCCGUACGGCAGUCUUCUUUAUCUCACUCUUCCUCUGCCUCACAGUGGUGUUUGCUUUUUCCUUUAUCAUCCCCUGCCCUGUGAGGCCAGUCUACUUGCGUACCUGGAACCACACGUACCUUGAGUCAGCCACUUAUGAUUUCCUGGCUGUUGAAGAUGUGAACAGAGACAAGGUGCUCGACGUGCUUUUUGUCCUCAAGGCCACCGUAGGCACCAUGAACACAUCCUGUGCUAAUGAAAGUAUACCUUGUGUGUUCAUGGUGGCCGUGGCGGGUACCAACGGGCACACGCUGUGGGAACGGCCCCUGGCCCCUCCAUUCCGCUGGGCACAGUGUGGACUGCAGGGCCUGGGGGGCACCGAUUCGGGUUGCCUAGUGGCACAUGCCCACCUCCUGACUGCUGUCAACAAAAACACAGGUGACUUCCUGUGGCAGCGGCCGCACCCGCCCAACUUUAACAGCCAGCUACCUGUCAUGACAACCCCAGAUCUGGAUGGAGACAAAGUGGAGGAUCUGGUUCUGAUUGGCCCGGGCCCUGUGGAGACAAAGCUGGCUGCUUUAUCUGGCAGAACAGGCACUCGGAUAGGACCGGAGCUGGUCCUGGUUCUGAUGGAGACCACCAAGCACCUGCUGCAUACCACUGGCUCGGGCUCGCACUAUGUGCUCUUUCGGACGGCCUUGGGCCUCCACGUUCAAGCGCUUUGGCGCAUUGCCGCUCAGGUGCAGCCGGGCAGUGAGAAGACCCUGAAAAGGGAGCCCGCUUGGGAGGCGGCAGCAGGGGGCACCUCUGAGCAGCCGCUGAGGUCGGCCGUCAUCUACUGGCUGGUUCAGGUGCCAAGAAAGAGAGGCGGCCCUAACCUCCUACUGGUGACAGGGGGUGCUGUGGAGCUCGUAGAUGGGGACAGUCUUCAGCCUCUGUGGACGACCAACAUCAGCGGCGUUCUGAGUCAGCCCAGCAUAGGGUACUACGACAUAGAUGACAUCGCCGACGUGGUGCUGGAGGAGGAUUCUGGGAAUGGUACCAAACGGGUGGCGAUAUUGGACGGCAAGUCCGGGCUCGUCCUAUGGAAUCUCAUCUUGCUGGGCCGGCCCAACACACCCCAGCCUGUCAGCUUCCAGAGCAUCCACACAGUCUCCGUGUUCGUCUUCUGGGGGCAGAUGGUGGCCCUUCCCAAUGCCAUGAGGCCUAGUGGUGAGGACACCUUCACCUACAUGCUGCACCCCCAGCAUCCUGAUGCCGUCCUGGAGAACAACGCGUGGGGAGGGGGCGUGCAUACUGUCACCCUCAGGGCGACGCUGCUGGAGAGAGGCCGACAUGCCUGCUUCAUCACGCUGGCGGCCCCAGCGGGUGCAGAGCCGUCCGUGACGCUCGGCAAGCGCAAGCUGAAGGACGACGCUUCCAGGAGCCGUGUCUGCUGGCUGGGGGACCAUGGCAAGCACCAAGACGAGGAUGUCAAGUACGCUUUCGAAAGGCUGCGUUUCCGCCAGGAAGCAUGAGGUCGUCUCGACCCGCGUCUCCCCCCACCUCCCUCUUCAGACACGACGUGUUCCUGGAUGAUCUGCCUCAACCAAGGGGACAAGUUUUACAGAUAUGCCCUCCUCUCCCUUAUCCAUUUGUCCCCCAUAGUAGUGUCACCGCUCACCACGUAGUUCGUGUGCCAGUCAAUUCUGUUGGGUGAGGUGUGUGGUCUUUAUCGGGCAUGUGAGGUCUUUAUUGGGUUUGUGUGGUCUUUAUCAAGUGCAUGUGGACUUCAUUAGGCGAGUGAGGUCUUUAGUAGUGUGUGACCUGCAUGUCUCCAGUAUCGGCAGUUCUGAUACUUUCUGAUUCUGUAUCACGCUGCCCCCUGCAGGACAGGGUCAACAUGUCGAUGAUCUGGCUGUGCACACAGGUGCCCUCAGUUCCAUAUCAAUCAGGUGUACAAUCCCACCGUGCCUAAAAAUCUUAUGCUGGAAAAAGGAAACUAUGUAAACCUUUGUACUACAGACACUUUUGUUUUGUAUUUAUAGUUAGAUUAAAUGAUUGUCUCUCUUUUGCUGGAAUUGAAUUGUGAACCCCAGCUGUGCAAAGCUCGCCUAUAAGUAGUGAUAGCCAAAUGAAACUUCCUGAACCCACCCAUCCAUCCAUCCAUCCAUCCAUUUUCCAAACCGCUUAUCCUACUGGGUCGCUGGGGGUGCGGAGCCUAUCCCGGAAGCAAUGGGCACGAGGCAGGGAACAACCCAGGAUGGGGGGCCAGCCUAUCGCAGGGCACACUCACACACCAUUCACUCACACAUGCACACCUAUGGGCAAUUUAGCAACUCCAAUUAGCCUCAGCAUAUUUUUGGACUGUGGGGGGAAACCGAGUACCCGGAGGAAACCCCACCACGACAUGGGGAGAACAUGCAAACUCCACAUGUGACCCAGGCGGAGACUCGAACCCAGGUCCCAGAGGUGUAAGGCAACAGUGCUAACCACUGCACCACCAUGCUGCCAUUCCUGAACCAUUUGAUGUAAUUUUUUACCCCACCACAUGGUGCUCUUCGUUUGCUUUGGGGCAUGAUUUGAGCCAUUUUUGAACAGAACAUGCAGCAAACGGUUAAUGAAACUUCAUUUGGCCAUCGCUAUCAUUAAGAUUGCUGACAUCCAUGACGAUUAUGCUGUAGUGUGCAGUGCAGGGGGUGCUGAUGUCACUGCAAGGGAGCAGCAGCAUGUCAGCAUUAUCUGCAGCUGGCUGGAUUACAGUGCAAACCUGAUUAGGCUGAUUGGGGCACCCUCUGGGCCACUGGGCAUCUUUCACUUUGUGGGACUGAUUUGAUCUAUUUGCCUGUAACUGUCACUGUACAUAAGAUAAACACAAUGCUGUAGGUUGAGAUCAGGAAUUUGUGCCACUGAGCUUCACUGUGAUAAGGCAUGGAAGACUGACAGGUCUGCUGCAUGUUAUGUCCAUACUGCUGGUGAGUAGCAAAAAAAUAAAGGCAGCGCCUUCCUGCCUGCUCACUGUG